GCCACAGCUGCUGAGGAAGAUCGCGGUGUGAUCAUGUCUGGCAGAGGCAAGGGCGGGAAGGGGCUCGGCAAGGGCGGCGCCAAGCGCCACCGCAAGGUGCUGCGCGACAACAUCCAGGGCAUCACCAAGCCGGCCAUCCGCCGCCUGGCGCGGCGCGGCGGCGUCAAGCGCAUCUCAGGGCUCAUCUACGAGGAGACGCGCGGCGUGCUCAAGGUCUUCCUGGAGAACGUCAUCCGCGACGCCGUCACCUACACCGAGCACGCCAAGAGGAAGACGGUCACGGCCAUGGACGUGGUCUACGCGCUCAAGCGCCAGGGACGCACCCUCUACGGCUUCGGCGGCUAAAGUUCUCUGACGUUAGACUUCGCUCUUACAACAACCCAAAGGCUCUUUUCAGAGCCACCCACGCUGUCAAGGGAAGAGCCUUUAUCACUGUUGAUUAUGCAAUAACAAUCUUCCACUUAAUUGGUGUAGAAAUUUUUCUUACCGUAUAUUCGGGCAACACCCGUUAAGUUCCUUCGUAAUUAAAUACCGAGGAAAAGCAGAGAUAGUUCAGCAUGCAA